GACAUUCUCAAAAAAUGUGACAGCUGGCUCUGGCUGGCUGGCUGUUUUCUUUGAUUGACCUGUGAAUUUAAUAUUAUUUGUGUUGAUUAUUUACUAUUUUUAAAUGAAUUUUACUCGGAAUAUAUUUAAAACCUUCAGUAACACCUCGAUUUAUUUCGGACGUAAUUUUUCUACUGGCAUCACACUUCACCGCAACCCAAUGAGCGGUAUAAUCAGGGAUGGCGCUAAGCGCAUAGUCUGGGUAGACCUAGAGAUGACGGGUCUAGACAUAGACAAGGACCACAUAUUGGAGAUAGCAUGCCUAGUCACUGAUGCCCAGCUUAAUGUCAUUGCUACAGGUCCCAAUCUGAUAAUUCAUCAACCAGACGAGGUUCUAGAUUCUAUGAACCAAUGGUGCAUCACACAGCAUGGUGAGAGUGGACUGACGGAGGCUAGCCGAAAAUCUAAGGUCAGUUUAAAGGAUGCAGAAAGCCAAGUGUUAUCAUUUGUCCAGAAACAUGCACCAGAGAAUAAGUGUCCAUUGGGAGGCAAUAGUGUUUAUAUGGACCGGCUCUUCCUAAGGAAACAUAUGCCCAAAUUUGACUCCUACAUGCAUUAUAGGAUAAUAGAUGUCAGUACAGUCAAAGAACUAGCAAAGCGCUGGUUUCAAAGUGAGUUCUCGAGGUUGCCACCAAAACAGUUCCAACAUAGAACCAUGAGUGAUAUCUUAGAAAGCAUUGAGGAGCUCAAAUAUUAUAGGGAGCACAUAUUCAAGAAUAAAGAUGAUGAUAAGGUGGAUAAAUAAAUCAUGGUCACUUGCCUACAUUA